GAUCCCAGAAGCGCAUUCUUCUCUCCCAAUAUGACCUAAAAUCUCUUUCUUCUCCUCCUAGGGCUUUCUUCUUGCUCGCGCUAGAAUGCGUCGCGGAUCGGCGCUCUACUCGGCGUGAUUGGAAGCUCUCUUGCGGGGAUCUCGAUCUUGUGGCCAUGGGAGACAUCAAGCACCGCGAUAAGGAGAAUGAUCCGGACAGGAUGAUGCGCAAGGGCGACAAGCUGACGAAGCUGAGCUUGACGCGAUGGACAUCGGAUUGGGCUCGAGCGACCCCGUAUUACGAACAAGCCGCGAAUCUGUUCAAGAUUGCCAAGAAGACUGAGAAGGCCAAGGAAGCGCAUGAGAGAGCAGCAAUGGGACAAGAGCGUCUUGCUUCGCCUUGGCACGCGGGAAAGCAUAUGGAAAGCGCUGGAGCUCUCGCGAAAGAGCUUGGAUUAUGGAACGAGGUGGCGGACUUUUUCAGAAGAGCGAGUGAGCUCUACAUAGAAUCUGGAAAGCCUCAGCCGGCAGCGGAAGCACUCUCGAGGGGUGGAAGAGCUUUGGAGGAUGGCUUGCCUGACGAAGCCGUGAAGAUGUACCUUGAAGCGGUUGGGAUUUUUGAGGAGGAGCAACGAGAGCAAAUGGCGUUUGAUACAUAUCGUUCUGCAACAAGUUUGUACAUAAAGCUGCAGAGGUAUACAGAUGCUGCAACUAUGUUGCUAAGAUGGGGCCAAUCCGCUGAUAAAUGCAAAGCGACAUCGACGCAAUGCAAGACAUGCGUGGGUGCUGUUAUCGUCUACUUGUACGCUCAAGACUUCAAGCAGGCCGAGCAAUGUCAAAAUGAUCUAUCCAUGAUAGAUGCAUAUUUCCAAAGCGAACAAAACAGGUUUGCGGAGCAGCUGCUAAACGCAUACCGGGAAGGAAACCCAGAGGAAGUGAAGCACGUCGUAAAAUCGAGCGGUGUUAUAAAUCAUUUGGAUCACAUGAUCAUCCGGCUCGCAAAACAGCUUCCCGUCGGUGAUAUAUCGCACUUAGCGGAAUCUAGUGGCGCGGGAGGAGAGGCAGCAGCAGAAGGAUUGGAAGAAGACGAUUUGACAUAGCCUCGUAAACGUGAGUGCUUCAGUUUCAUUGUAACAGCUUGCGUUUUCUCAUAUACAGAGGUUUUUUCCAAAACGGUGAUCAAAGUAAAAAGUUAUAAUAA